AGUCAGGACCGAGCAUUUGUUCCAAUAGCAAUUCAGAGCCGACGCUCAUACGUUUUGCCUUCGUUUGCGAUAUUUCUGUAUAUUUCGUUCCUGGGUGCUGUUGCACGCCGAAACUACACACCAGAGAGAAAGAAGAAGAAGUAAAAGAAACAAAUUCCCAAAGAUUAUUUCGAUUCAGUUUUUCUUCAAUUCACAGAAAACUUUUCGUUCGCUCAUUUUAAGUGGGCUUUGGAAAUCCGAAAAAGGAUUUUUUUCUGUCGGGAAUUUCUCUUUCUCACACUUUCGUUUGCCAAAAUUGAGAAGAAGAUUUAUUGAAGUGAUUUUGGUAUCUCUUUUAUUUGGAAAUCGCGUGCAUUUACUAUUCUCGAAAGGUGGUGCAAAUUGAUUGUUGUCAUCAAGUGAGGCGUUUGGCACAAUUUUGUUCGUGAGUGAGUGUAUUUGUGGUGCAAAAAGCGAAAAUAGCGAAAAUUAAAAAGCUAUUGUGAGGUUUCUCUAGUGUAAAAUAAAUGACAAAAAAUAUCAUCGAUUCUGUUAAUUAAUUUGCAUAUGUUCAUUGGCAAUAUUGUGUGAAGUUUCUGUUCUUUUUUCUGCGCCCGCCAGCUACAGCAUCAGCGAAAUAAAAAAAAAAGAAUCCAACAUUUCAAUGGCAUCAUUCAAUUUCCUGUUUGUCGAUUAAAGACAAUUACAUUUGCGUACAGCUGCAACAAAUCAAACAACAAAUGUACAAUCGAACGACGCUAUUUUGCAUGUGAACUGUAUUCGAGUACCAGUGAAAUCCUGUGUUAAGUUGUGAGUUAACGAGAGAAAAAAAAACCGAGACACAUAACGUGAGACAAAAGUCCUCGAAAAGCGAAUGAGCCCGAACGAACGUACGUGAAUAUAAAUAUAUCGCAAAUUUAACAUCCAUUUAUUACGAAUAAAAAGAUGCUCGUAAUUGUACAAGUGGCAAAUGUCUGUCUAUAGUGGAGACGAGAAGCAGCAACAAGCGUAUCGUCGACGAUACACCAUAUAAUGGAAAAGAUUGCAAUAGAGCAAACAUUGAGACGGAAAAAAUCCGUAUAAAUAAAGAAACCGUACCGAAUCAACGUUGCUCAGCUCGCUUGGAUAUAUACUAGAACGAAAAAGAAAGCAAAACGGAAAGAAAAAACAGAAGAAAACGGAAAAAUUUGACGAACGGAAAAAAUAUGCACUGAAUAAACAAAUCGAGAGAGAGAGAGAGAUAAAAAACGAUCACAACGAGAAGAGGACUAAAAACAAAUUGUAUAACUUCGAGUGUGCGAGAGUGAGGAAAUAGAAAAAAAAAACAGAUGAAGAAGAAGAAUAAUAAAUAAAUAAAGCGAAAAUCUGUUUAUUGGCUUCGACUAUAAAAGAAAAGAAAUAAUAGUAUUUAUAUGGGAGCUUAAAUGGCGCCUGUUGCUCGGUGAUAUAUUGAAUAUAGAAAAAUUUAACAAAAAUACAAGCAUAAUUUGCCCCACCGAAAACACAAAAUCAACCUCUAUAUGAAUUUAUGUGAUUUUUUCUUCUUCUUCGAAACGUGUGUACUAUAUUAGUUGCGAUUCAAUUUUCAUCCUUGAAAUCACGCACCACCACCAACAUCACCAUUUUUGGAUUUAGUCACAAAGUUCGGCACACACACACACACACGAACGGCAGCUGAGGAGAGAAAAAAAACUUUCUCCGUUUUUUUUUUAUUCAAUUUUUUUAUUAUAUUUUUGAAAAGGAAUAUUCAACACUUGUACAACAACGGAUUUGAAUAUCAACACACUAACUCUUCACAUCAAUGGAGCAAUCAAGAAAUCGCUUGCGAAAUCCACAGUUUGGGUCAAGUUUUAAUGCACAGGAUGGUUUCAAAAUUGUGGUGGAAGAAUCAAACAAUUUCGAUGACAAUGAUGUGGCCACCACUAGCACAAAUCAAUCAACGCCGCGUGAUAGUUUAGAUAUAGGCUCACCAUUAAAUCCGUAUCUCUUGUCACCAUGGCGAGAAACACGAAAGCAUUCGCUGCCAUCGCAGCAAGUGACGGAAGGUAUUACAGCGAGCCAAGUGCGUCGUCUAUCGGAACGAGGCGGCGAAGGAUCGGGACCUUCACCAAGGGAAGCGGAAUUUUUAGCUACAUUAUCACAAGCACCACAACCAUCCGGUCGCCGGCAUUCAGUGGUUACAAUAUCAAAGGUGCCGUUGUCGGUAUUCGGACGAGGCCGUCGAGAAUCGGUUGCAGCAUAUCCAUCGGGAACGGGUAGUCGCGUAUUGGGCUCACGGCGAGAGAGUCAACAAUCAACUGGUCCGCCGGCCACCGAUCCAAUUGGCAGCAUACACAAUUUACAGCUAGACAUAAUGGACGAUAUUGUGCAAGCGCGUAAGGCCCGCAUGAAACUGUGGAACACAAGCAAUGAAAAAGUGUGUGAGGUGCAAACGUAUAGCGAUGCAGGCAGUACAAGUGCAACACGAUACACAAAUCGGAGAUACUCGGAUUUUGUCGGUUCGACACCAUUGGCACCAAUACCGGCAGCAUCGUUAAGACGCGCUUCAGAAAUGCCCGUACCCAUAACGCCAUCGACAUCCGGCGCUGCCAAAUCGCCUUCGACCAGUUUUUUCAAACGAACCGGACUGUCCGUUACCAACACCGAUUUCAAAUCGUUAAUUACAUCGUUGGCAUCAUCAGCAACUGAAAUCAACAAAGUGGAUGACACGUCGCCGGGCAAAUCAAGGCCAUCAACGUCAUCUGCAAAUACAUUAGCACCCGACCAAGGCAUAUCACGAUCCAAUCGUUCCAAUAGUUUCGAUGUGUCGAUUUUGCACAACGCCAAACAAAUGGUGACCGGUAGUUCGAAUGACAAAGCGGGCUCAGCUGCCGCUCAACUGUCCGGUUGGUUUGAAAAACGUCAUCAGCCAAUGUCACGCAAAAAAUCAAUUCGAAAUACGGCCAAUGUUACGGUUUCAUUUUCCAAAGAAGUAUUCGAACGUUUCAAAGAAAAGGAAACGCAAAAAGAACGGAAACCAAAGAGUCGCUUGCGUUGGGAUAAUAAGAGUUCGUUUGUCGAUCCGCAUAUAAUUGGAAAUGCGAUUGAAGGAUUUUUGCGAAAGUCAACAAAAUCUGGAAAAAGUCCAAAACGCAGUGCAGCCGCAUCAUCGUCAUCAUCAUCAUCCAAACCAUCGACAUCGUCGUCGUCAAGCUUUUGGUUUGGCAAAAGUGAUGAAGAUGAUUCAAAAGACACUUGUGAUUCGUCAUUGUGCUCAACGCUUAAGGAUCUGUUUGUGAAAUAAUAUACCUGGGGCUUUAACUUGAGAUGAUAAAACGCAUGAAUGCAGAUCGACAUCAAACAAAUACUUUAAGCAGAUGAUACUUCAAUCUCUACUUAUUUUCAUUCACUUAAGCAAAGAGUUAUACAUAGAGAGCGAUCUAAAAGCGAGUACUGAAGAGUUUGUUUUCAUUUCUGAUAAUUCACCGAUGAGGAUGAUGAUGGCAUUGAGAGUUAUACCCCACCAAAAAAAAAACAUCAACAAAAACAACAAGGUAAACAGCACAUAUACAGAAUAAGAGAAAUACACAAUGUCAAUUUCGAAUGACGUUUUUUUUUUUCGAGAGCAAAGAAACCGAAAAGGAGCGACAAUUGCAAAGUCAAUAAACCGUACAAAUGCAAGAAAACGGAGAUGAAGCAUGGAGAAAGGGGAAAAAACGAGAAAGAUCGAGAAAAUUCAUAAUGGAUUAUGAAUGUUGUACUUUGAAGAAAAUUGGAAAGAAAGAGUCACGUUCAACAUUAACAAAUAAAGAAUAUUUUACUAAAUGCAAAUACCGAAGAGAAAUCUAUGUAUAAAUCUAUAAUACCUUUGCUGCUCCAGAUUGCUUUUCGCUUGAUAAAAGCUCGUUUCAUUCGAUUCGUUUUUCUAUCUCUCGUUUCCACACAUACUUUUUUUACGAUUAUUUCGGAAAAUGAUUUCAAACUUUUGCGUAGUAUUCAUUUUGCAAUUGGGAGAAGCACAAAGUUAAAUAAGGUUACCGACAGUUUACCAAACUAAAUUGCAUGUGUUCAACGCAAAUGCACGGCAAAAGAAACGACAGAGAGUUUUCUUGUGUGUGUGUGUGCGUGCGAAAGAGCGGGAGAGAUAACGCAUAUUUAGUUCGACAGUUUGUGAACGAAUGAGAAAUGUUUGCCAAUAUUUUCUUCUCAUAAAGAUUUGUUUUAAAAAAUAACAGCCACACAAUUCUCUGGUAAAUGAAAUGAGUGUGUCAUUUGUGAGAGGGAGAGAGAGCGAAAGAUACACGGUUAUCAACUGUUUGCAACUUUUCCUUUUUCGCAAUUAAAGUACGUUUCGCUUCAUCUGUGUCCCCGCAGGUUCGAAAUAUGUAUGUGAUAUACGUUUAGUCAAGAGAGAUAUGUAUAAAUGCACUUUCUCAUUUGCCGUCGGCUAAACACACACACACACACACACACACGUAUUCCACAGAAAUCUUCAUACUUCCGUUUGUCCUUCUCUCUAUUUAUCUUUAUUAUUAUUAUUCGAACGCGUGCUCGCGCCUCUAUGCACAUACAUUUGGCAAAUUUCAAGCAUCUACCGUUAAUAUUUAAUUCAAAUUUCGAACGAAAAAACAAAACAGUUUUUUUUUUCAUUCGGUUUUUAUUCUCGUCGUACGAACGCAUUGCUUUUGCCCGGCAGCUGUUCUUUGAUCGAUGAUGAUGAAUUUAAGGAAUAAUACAAAUAACCCCAAAAAAUAAGUUAUAUUUAGAGUGUUUAGCGGAACUAAAUGAAACAAAAACAGAAAUUAUUGAUAUAAGAUCUUCAUUCUUUGCGUAAUAUUAUGUCGAGAAAACAAUAAAAAAAAGGAAAAAUACAGAAUUAUUUGAUAAAUGUCUACAUUGGCAUGGGCCACAAGCAAGCAGGUUUUUUUUGUAUUGAUAUACGGAAUCAAAAUUGAGUGUCACACAUCUCAUCCAACAGAGAGGAAAAUAUUCAUUUUUUUUAGAUUUUAGCGUAAAAGGGAUUUAUAGAUAAGUCAAUUAAAUGAAAACAUGUUGUCAACACCGUAGGUAAAUAAAUAUGAAUCAUUGAAACAAAUGAGAGAAUUAACAAAUUCAUAUUCAAAUCAAAUAUCAAUAAAAACAAAUAGCAGUUCGAUUCUCUUGAUGAAUCGUUUUAUCAGUCAAAUUGUCAUAUCCAGCAUUUUUUUGUUGUUACGUUGACAUUUUUCCCCCUCUAAUAUAUCUCUCUGUCUCCGUUUUGUUGACAAGAAUUUUGGGCGAUAAAUUCAAGACAUAUUUUUCGACACAUUUCAAAUAUAUCAGAGGUUGUUAAUAUCAUAUCGUAAUGAUACCUCAAACAUAUUCCACAGAAGAAAAAAACUAUGAAAAAUAGAAAAUAGAUCGUUUACAAAAAUAUACACUUAGUUUCAAGUUGGAACCUUCAACAGAAAAUGAAAAUCUCAAACCAAAAAUAUAUUUAUAAUAAAUGUGUGUUGUUAGAAAUAAAAAAAAAUUAUAUUUAAAAUUUAAAAAUAAAACCAAAAACCACAAAUUACAAAAAAAAAACCAAACGAGUCACAAAAUGGCCUGUCUGAUCUCUCAUCAUUAUGCACGGGUUGAAAGUUAAUGUAUAUAAAUAAAAUUGAAAAUAAAUGAUGAUAUCCGGAGUCUAUAAUCACCUGACUAUUGCAAGUAAAACAAUUUGUAAAUAAAAAGAGAUUAAAUUUUAUGGAAAUGCAUUUAACAAAAUUCCGAAAGGGAGUGCAAUUAUUAUUUAAGAUAUAAACAUGGUAUUCAACAGUACGCGGUCAACAUGUUCAAAAGCAUAAUAGCUUCAUUGUGUCAGUAUCCUUUGUUCCAUUCCAUUUCUCUCUCGCCCGUCUUCAUUCUCUCUUUAUACCGAUCAACACGGCAAUAUGAAUCUUCGCAUGCGUUUUGUCUGAGCGAUGCAACAGAGAUUUAUGUGCAGCGUUAAAUAACAAAAUGAACUAAAUCAUCCCUCAUCUGUCUACUAAUUAUCAAAGAUGUUUAGUUUAUGCUAAGAGGUACUUUAAACUCGAUUUUCAUUGUUUAGCUCGUAGAAAUGUUAUGUUUUCACUUGUUUGGUCGACCGCAUCGUGAUAGAUAAGUCGAGGCAAAGGUUAUUUCGAUAGAAAGAGUAGGACGAUGAAGAAGGGUAGAGUGAACGAUGGGGCGAAGUAGAGAGCAUUUGAGUGAGAAUGCAGAAGUAAGCGGUUUUGGCUUUUCAAUUACGUCAACAAUUAUUGUGAUUAUGUUUUUUUUUUUUGAACAUGUUGACUUCGGCAAAUAUUGACGAUGCGAAGGAUAUUUAAGUACCGUUUAAUAUUAAAUACUGUUUCACAAUAAAUGAAUGAAUUAUAUAUUGCAAAAUCGCGCGCGCUGUUCUCUUGAUUGAACAAAAAUGUUAGAAAUAGAUUCCAACGUACUUUGUGUCUAUGUUGCCAUCACGUCGUCACAAACAGCACACUAUAAUGACAGAAGAAAAAUUAUUUGAAAGAGAAAGAAAAAACACUGAACAACGUUGCAAGCAAGAGCCAAUAAUCGGAUUAUAUCCCCUUUUUCGGUCACGUCUUCAGUCUGAUUGGAAUGACAUUGAAUGUAUAGAGAAAUAACAAAACAAUUGCAUCAACAUGAAGAAGAGAAGAGAAUAAAAUUGCGCUAAAUUAAUUGUUGAACAUAUUUUCUAGCAACAGAAACAAAAUAUUGAACAAAAAAAAAUUAUAUAUUAGCUCCAGAUGUGUCACGUGUCUCUCUCUAUUGAGUAAUUCAUGUAUUUAAAAAAAAAAUUUGUAUUGACAUAAAAAAAAGAACAAACACAAAGACAGAAAAACAAAAUUGCAGAAAAAAAAUGUAUUUUUGCAAUGUUUUUUUUUUCUAUUCGUAGAUUGUACUGUGUUUCAAUUGGUGUCUAACUUCCCAAUAGAACAUUGGUUAACAUUGGUACAUGGCGGAUGAGCCAAUUUCCUGAUUCUCACUUUGAAGGCUAUACAUACAUAUGUACGAACGACUUGAUUCGUUAAAUCAUAUAAAGUCUUUCGAUACGAUAAAAUUAUGAACAAAAAAUGGCUAACCAAUUGACAACUGUCCCUAGCAAAAUUGAAUCUAGCUACAUAAAGUUUUAGAUACUACUUUUUAUUCAUGCGGUGAAUAGAGGAAAUGAAAAAAGAGAAAGAGAGAAAAACGAGAACCAGAGAUCAACAAUCAAGUUUGAAUACAUUUAAAUCAUAAAUGACUCCAUUCAGCCAAGGACUCGCAUUUUAAGAGCCUUCGCACACAUUUAUACAUAUAUACACAUCAACUAGUAACAUGAAUUGUUUGUGCACAAGCACAUCAAAUAGUCUCUUCAGCAAAUGAACACAUUCCUGGCAUGCAUGCCUCAUCCAUCGACGACAUCGACGUCGACGAAGAUGAUGAUGAAGAGACGGACGACUACGACGAGCAACAAUUUCACGACAUCAUGUUGUACAACUAAAUUGCAUUUUUGCUGUCAACUGUCAUUAUUUAUAUCCGUUCGCGUAAUCUUCCUUCGAUUAAACAAUAUUUUUCUUCUGUUGUUGUUGUUUUUCAUUCAAUUUCCAGCGUUGCCAUUUUCCAUGCACAACCGUUGUAAUUUUUGCCACUUUUUUUUAUCUUGUAUUUGAGUGAUACGGGAUAAGUGUUUGAUCUUUUAUUGAUUACAAAAGCGAUUUAUGUAUGAAAGAACUGAAUAAGAGAUAAAAGCGGCGUUUGUUUGCUCGUCAGUUGAAAUGUGCCAUACACACAUUCAUUUUGAUGUGCUUCCCAUACUUAAGCCCACUCUCGUACUCAUUCACUCAUUUUCACCUUGAUUUAUUCGGUCGAGAAGGGUGGCAAAGUGCUCUCUAUCUUCUUCAAUACAUGACAAUACCCCAAGCACACGUGACUGCCCACCCGCCCGUGCAGUCCAAACUCCGUGCAAAUGGAUGUGAAGUCACUUGAAUUAAAUUCCAUGCUUCAACAACUUAUGAAAAGCACAGUUAUUAUGAAAUUAUAGAUAUAUGUAUAUAUCAACAAGACAACAUGCGCAGCCUAUCAUCCGUAUAUAGCUCUAUGUAUAUCUAGUUACAACAUUUUUGAACUGAAUGUUUACUCACUUAACCAAGAUGCAUAUUAUAAAUAUUGUGAUCUACUUACUAUAUUCAUUUGGUUCAAGUAUCUCUAUUAAACCUAAUGUAACAUUAAAUUGCAAACAUUGUCUGAGCAACAUACAUCUCGGUGUAGAGAUUAAAAUAUGAUAUAUUUCAGAGAAAGAGGAAAAUUGACUUUUGAAACAAUGCCAACCGAAAAUGAUUUAUGGCCACAAGUUAUUUCCUCACUGUGCGCCUCAUUUCCGUUUCAUUUUACAACAAUUUCGAAAUUUUUCUCUCUCUGGUUUUUGGUUGGCAUUGCUUUCCCGCCGAUUCAAUUUACAAUUGCUAUCACAUACUAAAGAUGUCAAUGAUAAAUUUUAGAGCCAAUCAAACCUCUUUAAUCUAGUCGUUAAUUGAACUGUUUCUUACGUGUCAACGUUUACAAAAAAAUAAAAUAAAAUAAAAACAUAAAUAUUUAUAUUCGGGACUGGAGUAAAUCUGUAUACACAGUGAAUAUUCUGAAUGUAAACGGCCACAGUCAUACGAACAAAAUCGACAUUCACGCACCGCAAGCGAGCCAGAGUUAACGUUUUUGAUUCAUGCAAAGUUUCACUUUAACAAAUAAAUAAAUAUAUAUAGCGAAUUAAUCGCAUCGUGGCUUACGGAGCGCACAUAAUGUCGACGGUGUUUAUUGGUAUGACUGUGUGAUUUUGAUUUUUGAUUGCUAGUGAGACGAUAGUAAGAAUAUACAAGCAAGUCAAUGUGCGGUGCACAUCAUUGACAAAUAUCGUAAUUGAUUUGAAUAUAUAUAUAUGGAUUCGGAGUGUGACCAUGUUUUGUUCAGAGGCAUUUAAACUUCUAUUCAAUUGCAGAUAAGACAGAUUAUUAAAUGUUACGAUGUUAAAGAAAAAUAAAGUUUAAAAAAAGUACAUUCAAAUCCAAUCAAUUUCAAAUAAAGAAAAUAUGUGUUG